AUGGUAUCGCUGAUGCAACCGAUCUCACAUCAGAGCAAUCCAUUCAAGAACAUAUAUCUCAGAUUAGCCUUCGAAGGCUCCGUCGCGUUACUAUCAGUCAACGGCAAAGGUCAAGCCUCAGCUGCUCGAGUGUCCAUCUACCACAGCGUACUCGCUAGUGCUGCUGUGAACUUACGGUCUCUUACCUCCCACCAAGCCGAUCAUUUCUAUCAGGUCAGCUGCUACCACCGCAAAGAAGCUCUUAGAGCCGCUAGAGAUGCAAUGACCAGUCGCAACAGCAGCUACAAAGAGCUGAUGACAGCAAUUCUGUGUCUGGUCUCCGUAGAUAUUAACGAUGGAGGUACACACGACCACUGGAUUCACCUCGAAGCUGCAACGCAGCUACGGAGAUCAAGACAGCGUUCCCGUAUUAUCAGCUUCGAAACCAGUCAAUUGAACGCCAUGUGCGGAAUGUUAGGCCUUUUUGCCCGUACAGCCCUCCAUGAUCUCGCUCCAAAGCGCUGGAUGGGAAGUGUUGAUGUCCUCGAGAACGGUACUCUUGACGAUCUCUGUCCCAGCAUUGAAUCCAUCUACGGCAUCACACCGUUCUUGGCGAAAGCGAUUCUGAAGAACCACGAACUGGCUCUGCAUCUAGCAUACUAUUCCCAGAACGACCGCCCGGAAUCACUACUUGAAGCAUGUGAGGCCUUGUACGACGAGCUGACUGCCUGGAGCAUUGAAUCCGAGGAAUUUGCGACCAUCAAUGCUCAUGAUGGACCCGCACUUGCUGUUGCAGGAGCUCAGGCUACAGCAUUCUACAACGCAACACUAAUCUAUCACCUCCGCACCAUCCAACAAUGCAACCGUGCACAUCUUCGAGGAGAGCAACAGAAGGUUUUGGAAGCCAUGAACAGGGCAGAAGAUCUCAAGACCUGGCAUCAGCGCAACACCUACUGGGCUGCGCCCAUCACUUGGCCUGCAUUCAUUGCCUCUUGCGAGGCGGUGAAAGAGGACCGUGAGGCAUGGGCUUGCUGGUGGAAUCGAGUUCAGACGUAUGGAUUGGCGAAUUAUGCAAAGCAAUGGAGGAUGGUACGCCAGGUUUGGACGGAACAAGACAUCGCAGAUGACGGCACUGACUGGCGAAAACUUCUCUUCGAUAUGGGUGUCCGAAUUAUCCCAGUAUAA